GCGCGCGUUAACCUUUCACCAGGCUGAAAGUUGAAACAAUGUUGCUCCGGGAUGCGGCGGCGGGGACGCGCACAUAGCGGAGCGCGCGCGUCGAGAUCGAGAUCUUCACACGUUACAGGUCUGAGAUAAGCGGCUCCUGGAGGUGAGAAGUUCAGCACGAGAGAAUUAAGUUGCGUAAUGUUUAGUGCCGGAACAGUCUAAACUGAUAUCCGGGAUAGAGGACAGAAGGCAGUUUUGUCUCCUCCCCUGGAGUCUAUUUAUUGCCUGGUGUUCUCACCUGGACCCUGAAUCCUCCAGCUUUCUCCUAUACAUGGACCUGUGGACGGUGUUGUGCUGCAGCGCUCUCAGUGCUGUGCUGCUGGCACUUGGCUUUACUGCUAGCAAACUUGGACUGAUCUACCAGCUGUUCCACAAGACUGACAGGACGAGUCCUCGACAUGGAGGCGAGAGUGUGGCAGAGGUGCUUCAGGCUCAUGGCAUCAAGUUUGUUUUCACAUUGGUUGGUGGACACAUCUCCCCCAUCCUGGUGGCAUGUGAGAAACUGGGGAUCCGUAUCGUGGACACGCGUCAUGAAGCCACGGCUGUGUUUGCUGCUGAUGCCGUAGCCAGACUCUCUGGUACAGUGGGCGUGGCUGCAGUCACCGCAGGACCAGGCCUUACCAACACAGUUACUGCGGUGAAGAAUGCUCAGAUGGCUGAGUCACCUCUGCUGCUGAUGGGUGGAGCAGCUGCCACUCUGCUACAGGGUCGAGGAGCUUUGCAGGACAUUGAUCAGAUGUCCCUGUUCAAGCCGCUCUGUAAGUUCUGUGCCUCUGUGAGGAGUGUGAAGGAGAUCGUGCCCAUUCUGAGGAAAGCCCUGGCCAUCGCUCAGUCUGGUACACCAGGUCCUGUAUUUAUCGAGUUCCCCAUAGACACGCUUUAUCCUUAUCAUCUUGUAGAAAAAGAGUUCUCUCCCAAAAACACUCCGAAAGGAAUCGUCGGAAAAAUUGUUUCAUGGUACCUUCAAAAUCAUCUAACGAGGCUUUUUGCCGGAGCAUGGGAAGUAAGGGACCUCUCCCCUCUGCCUGUGCACAUCCCGAAAGCAACCGACGAUGAGGUGCAAAGGUGUAUCGAGCUGGUAAGCAGGGCUAAGAAGCCUGUGAUUGUGCUGGGCAGCCAAGCAACACUCCCUCCGACACCUGCCCCAGAUGUCAGAAAAGCUCUGGAGUCUUUAGGCAUUCCCUGCUUCCUGGGUGGGAUGUCCAGAGGGAUGCUGGGUAAGAACAGCCCUCUGCAUAUCAGACAGAACAGAAGAGAGGCCCUGAAAGAGGCUGAUUUGGUGCUGCUGGCAGGCACAGUGUGUGACUUCAGACUGAGCUACGGCAGGGUGCUGAACAGACGCAGUAAAAUCAUCGCAGUCAACCGAGACAAGACUCAGCUACUGAAGAACUCCGACCUGUUCUGGAAGCCCACAGUCGCUAUUCAGGGUGACGUUGGUUCCUUCUUGCUGCAGCUGUCCAAAGGUUUGGUGAGACACAAAUGUCCUGAAGAAUGGGUUCAGUGCCUGAAGGAGCGGGACGAGGCAAAGGAGAAGGCAAACAGAGACAAGGCAGAUGAGAAGCUGGAGAGACAUCUGAACCCUCUGAGUGUCCUGCACUGUGUGGAUGAGCUCAUGGAGGAGGACAGUAUCAUCGUUGCAGAUGGAGGAGACUUUGUUGGCAGUGCUGCUUACAUAAUGAGACCACGAGGACCACUCUGCUGGCUGGACCCAGGGGCUUUUGGGACGCUUGGUGUUGGAGGAGGGUUUGCCCUGGGAGCAAAGCUCUGUCACCCUGAUUCAGAGGUAUGGGUUGUUUAUGGUGAUGGUUCUCUGGGUUACAGCGUGGCCGAGUUUGAUACCUUUACCAGACACAAGACCCCUGUAAUUGCACUGGUGGGAAAUGAUGCUUGUUGGAGUCAGAUCUCCAGGGAACAGGUGCCUCUGCUGGGCAGCAACGUGGCCUGUGGUCUUGCAUUUACAGAUUAUCAUGUAGUUGCAGAGGGUUACGGAGGAAAAGGUUACCUGAUUGGGCGUGAGGAAGAGUCGCGCCUGGUGAACGUGGUUAAAGAGGCACAGAGGGAGUGUAAAGAGGGCAAGGCAGUGUUACUGAACGUCCUCAUCGGAAAAACCAACUUCAGGGACGGGUCUGUCUCUGUGUAGAGACCCGGAGCGGAAUCCUGAGAAGAUUCCAGAAUCCUCGAUCAUUUCAAUCUCGUUUUCAGAUUUUACACUUUUACUUAUUAUUUAGAAAUUUUUAGAAAAUGAUUUGCUUUGGAAAAAAAAAUAUAUAAAAAAAUGCUUAAAGUAAAAACCAGAAGAUGAAGACGUCUAAACAUUUCAAGAUAAAAGGAUUUGAUUGAUGCCUUUCAGUUGUUUUAGUUUGAUGUAUUAUUUUGCUUGUUUUUAGAGAUGAGAUGAUGCAGAUAAAGUUUCUGACGUUGACGUGAAGAAUGAAAAUGUGAAUUAUAGUUUUAUUCAGCAGGUGCAGGAUAUCGCAUUUAUUUCACUUAUAGCAAGUUUGUGUUCAAUUCUGCAUUUUUAUCAGGUUUGAAUUUACAGUCAGCACUCGAUUCAGGACGUUUGAUGACUGAAAUCCAGGAAGUUCAUGUUACAGGUUCACAUUUGUCACACAGGCAGUUAUAAAGGGAGAAAUAAACGCUGAAACUGUGAAA